AUGGGUCCAGAAAAUGAGACACAGAUUUCAGAAUUCCUUCUGCUGGGACUUUCAGAGGACCCAGAACUGCAGCCCCUCAUCUUUGGGCUUUUCCUCUCCAUGUACCUGGUCACGGUGCUAGGGAACCUGCUCAUCAUCCUGGCCACCAUCUCAGACUCCCACCUGCACACGCCCAUGUACUUCUUCCUCUCCAACCUGUCCUUUGUGGACAUCUGCUUCACCUCCACCACUGUCCCAAAGAUGCUGGUGAACAUCCAGACACAGAGCAAGGUCAUUUCCUAUGCAGGCUGCAUCACACAGAUAUACUUCUUUGCAAUAUUUGUAGUGUUAGACAACUUCCUCCUGGCUGUGAUGGCCUAUGACCGAUAUGUGGCCAUCUGCCACCCCCUGCACUACACAGUCAGCAUGAACCCCCAUGUCUGUGGAUUGCUGGUGCUGGCAUCCUGGAUUGUGAGUGUCCUGAAUUCCUUAUUACAAAGGUUAAUGGUGCUGCGGCUCUCCUUCUGCACAGAUUUGGAAAUCCCCCACUUUUUCUGUGAACUGAACCAGGUGGUCCACCUUGCUUGUUCUGACACUUUUCUUAAUGACCUUGUGGUAUAUCUUGCAUCUGUGUUGCUGGGAGGUGGCCCCCUUGCUGGCAUCCUUUACUCCUACUCCAAGAUAGUGUCCUCCAUCCUUGCAAUCUCAUCUGCUCAGGGCAAACGCAAAGCCUUCUCCACCUGUGCAUCUCACCUCUCCGUGGUCUCCUUAUUUUAUGGCACAAGCCUAGGUGUGUACCUCACUUCUGCUGUGGCCCAAAACUCACUCUCUACUGCCACAGCCUCAGUGAUGUACAGCGUGGUCACCCCCAUGCUGAACCCCUUCAUCUACAGUCUGAGGAAUCAGGACCUCAAGAGUGCUGUGAGAAGACUCUUUGGGAAGGCAACUAUGAAAGGGGUGUUUUGCCCAGGGCUGGACAAAUGCCUGUAG